AUGGGAACACCACUCGGACCAGUAAAAAUAAAUAUAGGAGAUAAAGUCAAGGAUCAAUUUGUUGUGAAAAAGAAACUUGGAGAAGGAGCAUGUGGGCAGGUUUUCCUGGUCCAUAUGAUUGACAAGAAUGGAAAAACGAAAGCUGCAAUGAAGGUGGAGCCAUUAAUGAAGUCUAAAGAUGAUGAAAUUCUUAAAAUGGAAAUUUUCGUGCUCAGAAAAGUUCAAAAUUCCCGUCACGUUUGUCGAUGCCUUGCUUCGGGUAAAACCGAUUCUUAUACAUAUGUUGUGAUGAGUUUACUAGGUAAAGAGAUGUCUGAAAUCAGACGCCGACUGCCUAACAGAAAAAUCAGCUUACCUUCAACUCUUAGAAUAUCUAUACAACUUAUCAGAGCCCUUGAAGACCUACAUGAAGCUGGAUUCGUUCAUCGAGAUGUGAAACCAAGUAAUUUGGCGAUGGGUCUCUACAACACACAGGUUGUCUAUAUUUUCGACUUUGGGUUGGCUCGUCAGAUAUUAUUGCCGGAUGAGGGAGGUAAAUUGAAAUUGCGGGAACCAAGGAACAAGGUUAUGUUUCGAGGGACAGUUCGCUAUUGUUCGCUAAACGUACAUCAAUACAAGGAACAGGGACGGCAUGAUGAUUUAUAUGGCGCUCUGUAUUCAAUGAUUGAGUGUUUAACAGCCAAUCUGCCAUGGAAAGGAUUGGUACGAAAGGAGGCAGGAAAAGUAAAAGAGAAUACAAACGAUGCAACGUUGUGUAAAGGGUGCCCAUCGUCUUUUCUGGAAAUGGCGAAAACUCUACGCAAGCUAACCUACCAUGAUGUACCUCCUUACAAAACGUUUAUGGAAAAAUUAAAACAGGAUCUACCUCCUAAAUUGAAAAUGUAG